CGAAGUUGGAAGUUGGAAGUUGGCGAGUUGGUGCGUGGAGCGAAGCGACUGGCGACGUGAACGCGAAACGGUGACUCAGUCGGACAGUAGAGUCAGAGUCAAGAGUCAAGAGUCCAGAGUGAAACGCGCGGUGGUCGGGUGGUGAAGCGGUGAUAAUAAAUUUAUUGGUGUUACAGUUGCACGGAGAAAUUAGUGGCAAAGUGAAGGACCAUAAACCAUAACCGCGUCCAAUAUGUUCAGCUGGCUAAAUCGCGAGGACAAUGGCAAGGCGGAGCUCUUCGAGAACGUGACCGAAGGCCUGAAGAAGAUCUACAGGUCGAAGCUGCUGCCCCUCGAGCAGCAUUACCAGUUCCACGAUUUUCACUCGCCGCAGCUCGACGAUCCUGACUUCGAUGCGAAGCCGAUGAUCCUGCUGGUCGGUCAGUACUCGACGGGGAAAACGACGUUCAUAAAGUACCUCCUGGAGCGGGACUUCCCGGGGAUCCGGAUCGGCCCCGAGCCGACUACAGACCGGUUCAUUGCCGUCAUGUACGAUGAGAAGGAGGGCGUGAUUCCUGGUAACGCCUUGGUCGUCGAUCCCAACAAGCAGUUCCGACCCCUCUCAAAGUUUGGGAACGCCUUCCUCAAUCGGUUCCAGUGCUCGACGGUCGCCUCCCCGGUUCUCAAGGGCAUAUCCAUCGUCGACACCCCUGGUAUUCUGUCCGGUGAAAAGCAGCGCGUGGACAGAGGCUACGACUUCACCGGGGUGCUCGAGUGGUUCGCAGAGCGCGUCGACAGGAUCAUUCUACUUUUCGAUGCCCACAAGUUGGACAUCUCUGACGAGUUCAGGAGGUCCAUCGAGGCUCUGCGGGGCCACGAUGAUAAGAUUAGAAUCGUACUAAACAAGGCUGAUAUGAUUGAUCAUCAGCAGCUCAUGCGGGUCUACGGGGCCCUUAUGUGGUCCCUUGGCAAAGUUCUGCAGACACCCGAAGUCGCCAGGGUCUAUAUCGGCUCCUUCUGGGACCAGCCGCUUAGAUACGACGUUAAUCGCAGGCUUUUUGAAGACGAGGAACAAGAUCUGUUCAAAGAUAUGCAAUCGUUGCCCAGGAAUGCUGCGCUUAGAAAACUUAAUGACCUAAUCAAACGUGCUCGCCUAGCUAAGGUUCACGCUUACAUCAUUAGUGCAUUGCGAAAAGACAUGCCGUCAAUGUUUGGAAAAGAUGGAAAAAAGAAGGACCUUAUUAAAAAUUUGGGUCAAGUGUAUGACCAGAUACAAAGGGAGCAUCAAAUAUCUCCUGGCGAUUUUCCGGAUUUGAAAAAAAUGCAGGAAUCUCUGGCUCAUCAUGAUUUCACCAAAUUCCAUCCACUCAAACCCAGGCUACUGGAAAUUGUGGAUAAAAUGCUUGCUGAGGAUAUUGCUAAACUUAUGGCUAUGAUUCCUCACGAAGAAAUGGCCACCUCCACGGAACCAAUGAUCAAGGGUGGUGCCUUCGAGGGAGUAGAAGAUCAGGUCAGUCCGUUUGGCUACAAGAGAGGUGAAGGUAUUGAUGCUGGUGCUGGCGAACCAGAGUGGAUCGUUAAUAAGGAACGUUAUAAGUGGGACUCGAUGUUUGACAGUCUUGGUCCCAUGGACGGGAAAAUUACUGGUGCUGCUGCUAAAUCUGAGAUGGUCAAAUCCAAGCUGCCAAACAGCGUCCUAGGAAAGAUUUGGAAGCUUUCUGAUAUAGACCAGGAUGGUUUGCUGGAUGCGGAUGAAUUUGCACUGGCGAUGCACCUAAUCAAUGUUAAAAUAGAUGGUCAUGAUAUACCUUCGGAACUUCCGGAACAUCUGGUGCCCCCUUCGAAACGUAACUUAUGAAUGUGACGGAUGUGUGUGAUGUAGGUUGUUCCAGCCACGCGCACUUUGACACAGCUAGACCAAUCAAUUCCAUUUUUUUUCCUUCACAUCACAGUUAAAAUUGAUAAGGAUCAUUUACACCAUUCAAGUGAACAUAAUAAAAUACGAGGGCAUAUGGUAUAUAUAAUACAUUCUAUCUACAUUAUUGUAAACGCAAUACUAGACUUCUUGGCGAUAUAAGUGUCGGUUUUCUUUUGUGUCUAUGAAGAAAAACGUUCAUACAUUUUUUGUUCGCACUUUUGUUAUGAUAGUGAAAGUAACGAUACUUCGACCGUGAUCGUGAGACGUGUUUGCGACAGGCGUAUGAGAGUUUCUUUGUUAACUAGGCCACUUCGUUCGUUGAUCACUUGCACUCACUUUUUUUUUAAAUCGCACAAAUUGUAAUACUACCUGAGAUAACUCUAAUUAUUUGUGAAGUUUUCUCAAACGCAACCGUUCUCAGGGGUGUUUUCUUUUUAAUUUAGUCAGUAUACGGUAAAGGCGCGUAAAAAUG